AUGGCCCCAGCCAUUGGUAUCGAUCUUGGUACUACCUACUCUUGUGUAGGUAUCUACCGUGAUGAUAGAAUCGAAAUCAUCGCCAACGACCAAGGAAACCGCACAACUCCAUCAUUCGUUGCCUUCACUGACACCGAACGUCUGAUUGGAGAUGCCGCCAAGAACCAAGUCGCCAUGAACCCAGCCAACACAGUCUUCGAUGCGAAGCGUCUGAUCGGACGAAAGUUCGCGGAUGCUGAGGUCCAGGCUGAUAUGAAGCAUUUCCCUUUCACUGUCAUCGACCGUGCCGGAAAGCCAGUCGUCGAGGUCGAGUUCAAGGGAGAGAAGAAGCAGUUCACACCUGAGGAAGUCUCUUCCAUGAUCUUGGUCAAGAUGAGAGAGACCGCUGAGGCAUACCUUGGUGGAACCGUCAACAACGCCGUCGUCACAGUUCCUGCAUAUUUCACCGAUUCCCAGCGUCAAGCCACCAAGGACGCCGGUUUAAUUGCUGGUCUCAACGUUCUCAGAAUCAUCAACGAGCCAACUGCCGCUGCUAUCGCAUACGGUCUCGACAAGAAGGUCGAGGGUGAGCGAAACGUUCUCAUCUUCGAUCUUGGAGGAGGAACCUUCGAUGUUUCUCUUCUUACCAUUGAGGAGGGUAUCUUCGAGGUCAAGUCCACAGCUGGUGACACCCAUUUGGGUGGUGAGGAUUUCGACAACAGACUUGUCAACCACUUCGUAUCUGAGUUCAAACGCAAACAUAAGAAGGAUCUUUCAAGCAACGCCCGUGCCCUCAGACGUCUCCGCACAGCCUGUGAGCGAGCGAAGAGAACCCUCUCCUCCUCCGCACAGACUUCCAUCGAGAUCGACUCUCUCUUCGAGGGUAUCGACUUCUACACAUCCAUCACCCGUGCUCGUUUCGAAGAGCUUUGCCAGGAUCUUUUCCGAUCAACCACCACCCCAGUUGACCGUGUCCUUGCUGAUGCCAAGAUCGACAAAUCCAAGGUUCACGAGAUCGUCCUCGUCGGUGGAUCUACCCGUAUCCCAAGAAUCCAGAAGCUCAUCACCGACUACUUCAACGGAAAGGAGCCAAACAAGUCCAUCAACCCUGAUGAGGCUGUUGCAUACGGUGCUGCCGUCCAGGCUGCCAUUCUUUCCGGUGAUACUUCAUCCAAGUCCACCAACGAGAUCCUCCUUCUCGAUGUCGCGCCUUUGUCUCUCGGUAUCGAGACUGCUGGUGGACAGAUGACCAAGCUCAUUCCAAGAAACACCACUAUCCCAACCAAGAAGUCCGAGGUCUUCUCGACCUUCUCCGACAACCAACCUGGUGUCCUUAUUCAAGUCUUCGAGGGUGAGCGUCAACGCACCAAGGACAACAACCUUCUCGGUAAAUUCGAGCUCACUGGUAUCCCACCUGCUCCACGUGGUGUUCCACAAAUCGAGGUUACCUUUGAUGUUGAUGCCAACGGAAUCAUGAACGUCUCUGCUCUUGAGAAGGGAACCGGAAAGUCCAACAAGAUUGUCAUCACCAACGACAAGGGACGUCUCUCCAAGGAGGAUAUCGAGCGCAUGUUGGCAGAGGCCGAGAAGUACAAGGCUGAGGAUGAGGCUGAGGCUUCAAGAAUCAGCGCAAAGAACGGUCUCGAGUCUUAUGCAUACUCACUCAAGAACACUCUCUCCGACUCCAAGGUCGAUGAGAAGCUUGAUGCUGGUGACAAGGAGAAGUUGAAGGCUGAGAUUGACAAGACCGUCUCAUGGUUAGACGAGUCUCAGCAAGCCACCAAGGAGGAGUACGAGGAGCACCAGAAGGAGUUGGAGGCUGUUGCCAACCCAAUUAUGAUGAAAUUCUACGGAGCAGGCGGUGAAGGUGCUGGAGGUAUGCCAGGAGGUAUGCCAGGUGGACCAGGUGGCUUCCCAGGUGCAGGUGGACCUGGUGCGACACAUGAUGAUGGACCAACCGUUGAGGAGGUUGAUUAA